CAAGCGCGUCGAUCGCGCACACACUCUCUCUCUCCCGCCAGCUUUUCGCUGCUGUGAGGAGCACAAAAUGAAUCGAUCGUCGCUUGGGCCAGCGGAUCACGUCGCGACAGUGAGCGUCUCUUUCGAGUUGGCCGUGGACUCGCCCGAGCGCCCUCCCCAUUUCCACGAGUGUCACCGCAACGGAGAGAUAAAGAGGGUGUACGAGUCCCCGGCCCCGGAGCACUGUUUCCAUCUCCAGUACCAACUACUGCCUCCUGGCGGUGCUGAUGACGCGGCAGGGAGAGACGGAGAGAGGAAGGGAGGGCCGAUAUAUAGCAAGAGCGACGUGGUAACGUUUGGAGUCGUGUCUAAAGUGUACACGGAGCAAGUCACGCGUGUUGUGAGGUGUUGGAAUGAAAAGGAGGACGAGAAAGACGAGAAAGAGGAGGAGGAGGAGGGAGAGGGAGAGAAAGAAGAGUCCGAGGGGAAGGAGAAGAAAACAGAGUCGAGAACUCAUUUUGGCUGGAGGCACAAGCAUACAUUCCCUGUGUCAGAAGAGCUCCUGCUGCAACUCUACGACCAUACCAUGGAGGUGAGGCUGUGGAACUCGAGGGAGAAACUUGCACCCAGGGCUCGCUUCGAUCGGCCGCGAGCCUUCCGUCUCCCCAUACCACCGCCGGCAAGUAAAGAAGAGGACGAGAAAGAGACGUCACAGAGUGGGAGACCGGAUAAGUUCCCGCUUGUUAGACAGCAAGCAGGGCAGACGGCUUCCACGAGGGGAAAGAGACGAGCAAGAACGAGAAAGAAGGCUUCCAACGUUAGCUCAAUAUCCGAAGAAGACACGGACCCUGACCUCAGUACCUCUAUCACUGAGGUUCCCCACUCACCAACGAAGGAAGCCGUGUCUCUGGACGAGAAUGUUGAAGGAACCGACCAAGCUCCAACUACAGACCAAGGUGAACCAAAGGAGACCACUGAAGAUGAUGACGUACCGACAGACCAAAGUGAACCAAAGGCGACCAAUGAAGACAACGACAUACCGAGAGACCAAAAUGAGAGUGGUCCCUUGCUGACAGACCAAACUGAACCACCAGUGACCACAGCAGCAGGAGACGGUGCACCACUGAAAGACCACGAAAUGCUCGGCUCUGUCGUACUAAACCACUCCAGUAUAUUUGCCCUACACGAUUCUCAUGUGUCGAAGAGCAAGUCGCGACGGAUGGCAGCAGAGGCGGCGGAGAAAGCUCGAGUCGAGAGAGAAGGACUGGUUUUGCUCAGACUAAAGAUGGCCGACCUGUUUGCCAAACGGGACAGCAUCAGUGCGAAAAUGGAUACUUCGACCGACAACAUUAGAGUGUUUGAAGUAAGUGUGAGUCUGGAGUCACCGCUCAUGUCUGACGCUCACCGUCGAACUCUCAACCCAACUGUGAUCACUGUCCACCGUGCCAUUAAUCUCCCCACACAGCACCUCGUUCAGCAACAACAGAGGUGUGAUCCAGUGCAUAUCAGCUACCAAUUCCACAAUCUCCCCCCUCACCACACUCCUGGGCACCCUCACUCACGUGACAUCACGUGGGAGGACAGCCACGUCAUACUGUUGGGGACAAUAGACCGGGAUAUAUUGUCCGAAUAUCUGAGAGGACCUCCGCUGGCAAUGGAGGUACAUGAUCGUGAUCGUUGUCUUGACAAAGUGCAGCUGGAAUCACUGUUCGGAGCCGAACAAAGAGACGAACUGUUAGGAACACAUGCAUUUGGUGCUGGUGGAGGAGUUAGUGAGGUGGUAUGCCAGCGCAGAAGACCCUGGGACCCGUUUGGGGCGGCUCCUUUUGAUCUCUCUGGAUUGCUGACUGGACAGCGGGUGAUGAAACUGACCACACCCAUCACUGCCGGACCACAUGCCCCACCCUCUCGGGAAGACUGCCGAGUCGGACCACAUGGCAGAGAGCUGCUGCCUCCUCUACCAGCUGGGGACUAUCUGGGCAACCACAGCUACCUCAGGAUCACAAUCGACCUCUCUCACCCUCUCCCUCCUCCCUCCCUCCCCCCUCUCCCUUCCCUCACUCCCUCACCGUCAACCGCACAGUCUUCAUGUCCGUUUGCUCGCCUGGUGUACCUAACGUCGGUCGACGAGGCAGGGCUGAGUCUCGUGGCCAGGAUCCUGGAUCUGGUGAAUGAUCUCAACAUAGCUGCCCUGGGACUCGACGUCCUGCCCCGGGACAUGCUACCCACUGCUCUCUCCACAUACAAACUGACCAAAUGGGAGAUGGAGGGAAAAGACUUCGAUGUGGUGACUGGAGUACAGGUGAGGGACCGGGACGUGAGUCUGCUGGUUCUGGAGGGUCCGGGACAUGGCGCCAUCUACAGACUGUGGACCCGUCUACCCAGACACUCCUCUCAAGACGCAGGUCUGGUGAAGACAUUCUACAACUCUGGCUGCGUGUUCUCUCGUCGACUGUACGGCCAGCUGGACGUGGACCUCCCUCUCAUCUUCCUCCCUCACUCCCUCUCCUCUCUCACUCAGCUCUCCCCUCUCUUCAUCAGGGGUGCGGUGACCCCGGGAGCACUGAGAGCUCUGCUGUGUCUGUCAGAGAUGAGCGCCUGUGGCGGAGGAAUGGCAGAUCUCGUUCGAAACUCUCUCUUCCCCUCCUGCGAAGAGAUGGCGGCUCUGGCGGCACAGUUUGGCGUUCUUCCCGGUGGUGGUGAGCUGGACCUCCUGGAUCCUGGUCUGAGUCCCAGACCAGAGGGGGAGGUGUCCCGUUCCCAUACGCCGGUUCCACCUGGGAAUGUGACUGGAGAGGUGAGGAGGAGGAGGAGAAAGAGGAUGAAGAUGCCUCUACUGGACAUGGAGAACAGGUGGUAUGAGAGGAUGAUCUGCGAGAGAAAAGAUCAGGAGACUAUAAAUCAUAUUGACAGGAAUAUUGCUCUGACUCACUCCCUGAGCGAGAAGGCAGCUCAGCUACCAGUCCACGUUAGGAGGAGGAAGACAAGAAUGAGGUCACUGACUGACUCACACACUGUCCACCUCUACAGCUCUCAGACGUUCAACUCGGCAGUGUUGGCUCGAGCCAGGAUGAGGGCGGAGCUUGCAUCAGACCACACCCACCAACUGUACACCUACUGCCAAGACUACCACUCGAUGACCUUUGAACCUUUCGAUCCACCAAACACUCAACACACUCAGAGAGAUAUCGAUCGAAGGAAGUGGAGGACGAGGGAGGGGUUUGUUUACCCCGGAGUAUCCACCGCCAGACGGAGUAACACUCACCCCGAGACACCCCACCCCGCCAGGGCCCAUGAUCUGAACCAGCCAUUCAAAGAUGGUGUCCUCCAUGCCAACACAGAUAAACCAACAGUGGAAAGGCUCCACUUUCCCUGGGAGCAAAGGGGGGACGAUUUCAGUCUACACUACCACGUCCCCCCUGAAUUUGGCCCCCGCCCCCCCAUCUCCAUCCACCUGACAGGAGAGAGGAGAGCUGCAGAGCUACAGCACUUCCAGAAACUGGACUCACACGAUUGGGAGUCAAAGGUCGUCGUCAAGGACACCCGUUUCUAUACCCACCGCAGAGGUAUUCGCACGGAGCUCGCGAGAAAUGGGGACCGCGCACGAGAAAGUUUGAAGACCUUCUGAAAGACCGACCGACAAAGUACAGUCUGAGGCGCGAGGGGUUCCGUCUGGAGCCCGUUCCACCUCUGGACGUCGUGGUAUGGAGUCGGGAUGGUGAGGUGAGGGGGUGUGGCAGUGAGGAGAGAGUGUUUCAGCCGGGGAGUGGAGGGAGGAGGAGGAGUUUGAAGGUUGAUGGAAACGUGGUCCCUGUGAGGUAUCAGAGGACACCAAGUCCUGGUCGGAGGGAAGAGUUGAGAGAGAGACACGACCGAGGCUUCUCACCAAGUCCUGGUCGGAGGGAAGAGUUGAGAGAGAGACACGACCGAGACUUCAGAUUGUUCUACCACACCCACUCGCCGGUCAGCAAGAGGGUCAUUCUCCCCCUCUCCCCCUCUGAGAUGCGCCACCCUCUCUUCCCCUCCUCCACACACCCACAGGACACACUAACAACUCCCUAACACACCAAAACCUCCCCUUUUCUACAAUAUUUCACUGAGAGAAACUCUGGAGAAUUGAAUAUUUUCUUGUGAUGCUCAAUGACAUAUGAAAUAUAAUAUCCAAUCUCCGUGUUACGUAGAACAUUCCUCGAUGGGGAGGGGAGGUAUAUAAUGGUCUUCGUGUAGUAA